AUGCAUGGUGCUAUUUUAUUUGUUUUUGGUAUGUUGGUGAACUGUAUCGAUCUAUUCGGACAAGUUCAUUUCACAAUAUUAUACGCUGAUUUGGAGAGUGAUUAUAUCAAUCCUAUUGAGCUAUGUUCUAAAGUGAAUAAGUUAAUCCUACCAGAAGCCUGUGUGCAGGCGUUUUUGACAUUAUUGUUUUUAUUUACUGGCCAUUGGAUUGUCUUUCUAGUUAAUUUGCCAAUUUUUGCUUAUAAUAUUAAGAAAAUAUCCAGUAGGAACUAUUUGUUGGAUGCAACAGAAAUCUUUAGGACAUUGAAUAAGCACAAAAGAGAGAGCUUUUUGAAAUUAGCGUUUUAUGCGUUUAUGUUUUUCUUUUAUCUAUGGGGUAUGAUUAUGGCAUUGAUAAAUGAAGCAGAUGAUGAUAUGGUUGAUGUGUGA